AUCGCUGACCACACAGUGCGAACUAAAUUUCUCGUUUGAAAUUUAUUUCCACUUUUAAACCCGACUUCUGAGGCUUGAAUAAUGAAACUAUGCUACAAUUUAGGAAUAUCUUUGGCUUUCCUUUUUAGUGCUUUGGCAGCACAAAAUGAAAUUUUUCGUGGUGGCAACCAAGUCGAAACUGUCACCGUAAGCAAGCAUGAUAGUUGCUUCCAGGUUAUCCAAAAAUAUAGUGAGUAUACAGAGCGAUUCAUUAGAUCAAGUUUAUCAAGGAUAUUUUCCGCGAUAGAUGCGAGCGAACUGGAAAUAUCCGAAAAUGGCACAAGCAAAAUAUUUCUCCAAUGGCCAACACACGUGAGAUGUGACUUAGGGUACGCUGAGGCGAUAAUUUACUUCAAUGAGCACGCUAAAACCCCGUCAGUAUGCAGUAGCAGUGGAAGAUCAGAAUUCAAUUCUUACCUAUUGAGGAACUAUCUUAUUCAAGAGUACUCUUCUGGAAGAAACGAUUCAGAAGAAAUGACUUUUAAUGUAGCAAAGCAAGGAUGCUUCUUCGCUGAAAUUGUUUAUACGAAUUACUCAACUAAUGAAAGAACGAUUUUCACCAGCAGACCAGUGUUUGUGCACACUCAAGUUCCAAAAGAUAAAAGCAUUAAUCUGCGCAGUUUAGUUUCUUCAGAUGACAAGCUGUACCUAGACAUGAUUCUUUUAAUGGUUGCUGUGGGAGUUGCUGUUUUAUGCGUUGCCUACAGGGCCAGUUGCCGACUUUACAAGUUUAUUUUCAAGGGAAGCGAAGAAGAGGAGAGAUUGCCGGUGAUUCUCACAAUAGUGAAACAAAACACUAUUAAGAAACAGAGAAGCUUGAAAGUACUGCUUUUGUACGCAAGACAAGAAGAGGAGUUUAUGAACUUAGUUCAGGAGCUGAGAGAACACCUACAAAGUAGUCUCGCUUGUGAGGUGGUCGACAUCUACCACAAAGACUACGAGCACAGAGUGAACGAGUUUGGGUUUGAGUUUGUUGAAGAUUUCCUGCAUAGCGAUUCCUGCUUCAACGUUCACCAUGAAGUGAAAAUUGUUAUGAUCCACACGGAUUGGGGAUUGAAAAUUUACGAGGCGCACAUGACAAAAUGCAAGAUUCAGUACAAGGAACCAAAAUACAUUGACUCCUAUUAUGACGAGGCCCUGAAAAUUUUAAUCCAAGCCGAAAACGUUGAUUACCAAAAGAUAUAUCACAUUGGAUUUGAAGACUACCCACUGGAGAAACCACUUAGCAGACCAAAAUUCAACUGUAACCCUAUGUAUUACUACCCAAAGGAGUUUGAGCUCUUUGUUCAAGCCAUCAAACGGAGGCCAGAUGAAAAAAUUCAAGAAGAAUCAACAGAUGACUUGCAAUUAGCUGAAACCCCUUGUUAAGUUUCAUUUAAGGUAUAAAGCUCUUUAAACAAUAAAUAAAUAUUAACAAACCAAAAA